GAGCUCCGGCCAGACACCGUCAGGCAAGAUCAAAGAAACGAGCUCGGAAAUGGUAUCACAGCCCACAGGCAGAAGAGGCAGAGUGUCCCACUGAAGAAAAGAAACCGGAUUUGGCAACAGCACUUGAAAAACAGAAAGAAUCUCCAACUGAAGGGGAGAAGCAAGAUUCAGCUAUGGCUGCUGCUCUUUCUGAGCGUCGAAAGGCUCUAUUUGAACCUUUGGAACCCGUAAUCAAUGUAAAUGGUAAGCGACCAUCGGCUGAGAGCUUACUCCCACCACCAGACUUCGACGCUGCAAGCUAUCCACGAGGCUGGCUAAUUGGGAAGAAGCGAAAGCUUGUGAAUGUGGAUGUCGUUGAGAGUAUGCGGAGGAUUACCAUAGAGGAAAUGAACAGAAAGGACAGGGAGAUUGAUGGCCUAAAUGAGCAGUUCGAAGAGGUAGAGAAACGCGCCGAGGCAGCCGCUCGCGAAGCAGAGGCGUGCCGGAUCGCCGAACAGGAGGAGAAGUUGCUCAACGUUUGGCCCGAGUCGCUGGGUUACGAUAUAGCUUUGGCUAUGAAGAUCGGCCAGUGCAUGGAGAUGGUAGGUUCUGAGUUCGUUCAGAAAAUGCGCCUUUGGGUUUGCUUCGGCGAGGUGGUGAAGAAGAGUGAAGGUAUGUGUAGAAAUUUAUAGCAGACUAGGUUGAGGUCCGGCGGGCGGCUAAGGUGAGGUUGCCGCCCGCCGGGGAAGCGAAAAUAUUAGGUUCUAAACCUGCUCU